UGACUUUUUGAGAACGGUCACAUUUCUGAGGCGUCGCUUGUCAAUUAAACUUUUUAGAUUCCCGCAAAAUUUCAAAAAUUUCGAGAUGAGCUGCAGAAUGCACGUCGAAGUACGGCUGCACAGCACCGACCAACCAAUACCGGCACUUCGAUCUGUAUUGACGCCGGCUGUGAACGCGUUCCUGGUAUCAAAUUGGAACCUGCCCGAGAAUGUGGCCUUCAAGCCGAACUUAAAGGAGGUUGACCCCUCGUUGGUUGCGAGUGUGCUGCUGGAGCGUGACUGCGGCGGUAGGCCAGAGAUCGAUGAGGAGACGAUGUCGUUCUGCUUUCAUUUCUACAAGCCGCAUGCAGUUGCGGCAUCCGCAGGCUCUGGGCUCUUUGAUGGCAGCGUCGAUGCUGAUGGCGGGGCUGUCGUAGAUGCCAAUCACGUCUUGCUGCCAUCCCAACAGUUUUUGGGCUUGUGGGAGUCGCUGGUUUUCGAGAAAGGACUGAAGGAAAGGCUGCUGAAAUUCGCCUUGUCUGCGUUGACCUUCUCAAAACAUCGCGUGGACACGAAUGUGAUUGCCUGCAAUCGUUUGAUACUGCUCCAUGGCCCGCCCGGCACUGGGAAGACGAGCCUUUGCAAGGCCUUGGCACAGAAGCUGGCCAUCAGGACGCAUGAGGCCUAUGCCUACACACAUCUGGUGGAGAUAAACAGCCACAGCCUGUUCUCCAAGUGGUUCUCGGAGAGUGGCAAGCUGGUGGCCAAACUGUUUGCCAAGAUCGGGGAGCUGGUGGCGGACUCCAACAAUCUGGUUUGCCUGCUCAUCGAUGAGGUGGAGUCGCUGGCGUAUGCCCGCAGUUCUAUGAAUAGCAACGAACCGCGAGAUGCCAUGCGUGUGGUGAAUGCGCUGCUGACACAUCUGGACGAAAUCAAGACGCGACCCAACGUGCUCAUUCUGGCCACCUCCAACCUGGCACAGAGCAUUGAUCUCGCGUUCUUGGACAGAGCCGAUAUCCGGCAAUACAUUGGCUAUCCGGCCGUGCCGGCCAUCAGGUCGAUUUACAAGAGCAUGCUGGUCGAGCUCAUGUCCGCGGGCAUUGUGGAGUGCGAGGCUGUCGAGGUCGAAGACAUCGAGGAGGGACUGCUCACCAAUCUGUCAGAGCGCAGCGUUGGCCUCAGCGGUCGCACACUGCGAAAGCUGCCCCUGCUGGCCCACGCCCAGUACACCGCCAGUGAACUUUUCGAGCAGCAUGGCAAGAUUUUCCUAUCCGACUUUCUAGAUGCCUUGCUGCUGGCCCUAGAGCAGAACAUGCGCGAGCACCACCUCUUGAAAAUUGAGUCUUCGGAAUAGUAGCAAGUCAACAGCACAGCAAACCAAUUUCUCCCAUGGACAAGAGCCGAAAGAAAAACCAGAAUCUCUUCACUUUAUCUCCAUCAAAUGCGAAACUUUGUAAACUUCAAUUUUUUACAAUGAAAAACAAUUGAGAAUCCCAGACUGAAUCCAGGA